AUGGCAAGAACAAAGCAGACAGCUCGUAAAUCUACCGGAGGCAAAGCGCCCAGGAAGCAGCUCGCCACUAAAGCUGCCCGUAAGAGCGCCCCAGCCACCGGCGGUGUGAAGAAGCCUCAUCGUUAUAGGCCCGGUACCGUAGCGCUGAGAGAAAUCCGCCGUUAUCAGAAGUCUACUGAGCUGCUGAUCCGUAAACUGCCUUUCCAGCGUUUGGUGAGAGAAAUCGCCCAGGACUUCAAGACUGAUCUGCGCUUCCAGAGCUCCGCCGUCAUGGCCCUGCAAGAAUCCAGCGAAGCUUAUUUGGUCGGCCUGUUUGAGGACACCAACCUGUGCGCUAUCCAUGCCAAGAGGGUCACCAUCAUGCCCAAAGACAUCCAGCUGGCCCGCCGCAUUCGUGGUGAACGCGCCUAAACUCAACGUCAUCCGCAUCAACACAAAGGCUCUUUUAAGAGCCACCACAAUUCCACCGAACGAGAGAAUUUCUUUGUUUAGCUGUUGUAGUUUUACAGUUUUAAUAAACUCGAUUUCUAAGUUA